CUGUGCAUUUAUUUUCUACCCACGCACUGACAAGAGUUGAAUUUUAUCGCAUUUUCCUUUAGGAAGCAACGGAAAGACGAUAUGUCGGCUGCAGUACCAACCAAACUGGAAAUCAAUCCUAAGGAUCUUCAAGUCCAGACCUUUACAGUAGAGAAGUUGCUGGAACCUCUUAUAAUCCAGGUUACUACCCUCGUGAAUUGUCCCCAGAAUCUUUCCAGUAAGAAAAAAGGACGCUCCAAAAAAGCCCGCAUUCUCCUAGCUUCUCUGGAAGAAGCUACUUGGAACUUAUUAGACAAGGGGGAGAAGAUUGCCAAGGAAGCCACUGUCCUGAAGGAAGAGCUUAGUGCAGCGCUUCAGGAAGUUCGCAAAGAAAGUGAGGCUCUGAAGUUGUCAGCAGGAAGAUUUACAGAUGAUCCCUGUUUUCUACCCAAAAGAGAGGCAGUGGUCCAAGCGGCUCGAGCCCUGCUGGCUGCAGUUACUAGACUGCUCAUCCUCGCAGACAUGAUUGACGUCAUGUACCUGUUGGAGCACUUAUCAGCAUUUCAAAAGACAUUUGAAUCUCUUAAAAAUGUGUCCAAUAAAUCUGAUCUGCGGAAGACUUAUCAGAAGCUCGGAAAGGACCUGGAGAAUCUGGAUUAUUUAGCCUUUAAACGUCAACAGGACUUAAAAUCCACCACCCAACGAGAUGAGAUUGCAGGGGCCCGGGCCUCCCUGAAGCAAAACUCUCCUCUUCUGCAUUCAAUUUGUUCAGCCUGUUUGGAGCAUUCUGAUGUUGCUUCCCUAAGAGCAAGCAAGGACACUGUUUGUGAUGAAAUACAGAAUGCCCUCAAUGUCAUUUCUAACGCAUCUCAAGGAAUCCAGAAUCCAACUAUCCAGCCAGCAUCCCAGACAGGAGCAACUCUUGGAAGUGCUCUUGAUGAGCUUGAGAAUCUGAUCAUCUUGGAUCCACUCACUGCAAGUGAAGAGAAAAUAAGGCCCUCAUUAGAAAAGCGCUUGGAGGCAAUUAUUAGUGGGGCAGCUCUGCUGGCAGACUCUUCCUGCACGCGGGAUUGUCACCGGGAACGCAUCAUCACAGAGUGCAAUGCCAUCCGCCAGGCUCUCCAGGAUCUGCUUUCAGAAUACAUGAACAACACUGGAAAGAAAGAAAAGAGUAAUGCUCUGAAUGCUGCAAUUGAUAACAUGUGUAAGAAGACGAGAGACCUUCGUCGACAGCUGCGGAAGGCUAUUAUAGAUCAUGUUUCAGACUCUUUCCUGGACACAACAGUUCCACUUCUUGUUCUCAUUGAAGCAGCCAAGAAUGGAAGGGAAAAGGAAAUAAAGGAAUAUGCUGCCCUAUUUCGUGAGCACACCAGUCGACUGGUGGAGGUGGCUAAUCUUGCUUGUUCUUUAUCGACUAAUGAAGAUGGAAUAAAAAUAGUCAAAAUGGCAGCCAGUCACAUGGAGACUUUGUGCCCACAGGUUAUCAAUGCUGCUUUGGCUCUUGCUGCCCGACCUAAAAGCCAAGUGGUAAAGAACAACAUGGAAAUGUAUAAGCGCACAUGGGAGAAUCACAUACAUGUUCUCAUCGAGGCAGUGGAUGAAAUUACCAGCAUCGAUGACUUUCUAGCAGUAUCUGAGAGUCAUAUCCUGGAGGACGUCAAUAAGUGCAUCAUUGCGUUAAGAGAACAGGAUGCAGAUCAAUUAGACCGGGCAGCUGGGGCCAUCAAAGGUCGAGCGGCCAGAGUUGCUCAUAUAGUAACGGGAGAGAUGGACAGCUAUGAACCCGGUGCUUACACUGAAGGAGUGAUGAGAAAUGUUCAUUUCCUUACCAACACUGCAAUUCCUGAAUUUGUCACCCAAGUCAAUGUUGCCCUGGAGGCUUUGAGCAGGAACUCCAUGGAUCUCUUUGACGACAACCAGUUUGUGGACAUCUCUAAGAAGGUGUAUGAUACAAUUCACGAUAUCAGAUGUUCUGUAAUGAUGAUUAGGACCCCAGAGGAACUGGAGGACGUUUCAGACCUUGAAGAAGACCAAGACGGACGCAGUCAUACAAGCACUCAGACGGAAGGGAAAACAGACAGGGCAAGGAUGACUCAACUACCUGAAGCUGAAAGGGAAAAGAUAGCUGAGCAGGUUGCUGAUUUCAAGAAAGUCAAGAGUAAACUGGAUGCUGAAAUUGAAAUAUGGGAUGACACCAGCAAUGACAUCAUAGUCCUGGCAAAGAAGAUGUGUAUGAUCAUGAUGGAGAUGACAGACUUCACCAGGGGCAGAGGUCCACUGAAGCAUACAUCUGAAGUUAUCAACGCUGCCAAAAUGAUCUCCGAAUCAGGAUCAAGGAUGGAUAUCCUAGCCCGGCAGAUUGCCAACCAGUGUCCCGACCCAUCCUGCAAACAGGAUUUAUUGGCUUACCUGGAACAGAUCAAGCUCUACUCCCACCAGCUCAAAAUAUGCAGUCAAGUGAAAGCCGAAAUCCAGAAUUUAGGAGGUGAAUUCAUCAUGUCUGCUCUGGAUAGUGUCACUUCACUCAUCCAGGCAGCCAAGAACUUGAUGAAUGCUGUCGUACAAACGGUGAAGAUGUCCUAUAUUGCCUCAACUAAGAUCAUCAAAAUCCAGAGUCCGACUGGGCCCCGGCACCCCGUGGUGAUGUGGAGAAUGAAGGCUCCGGCGAAAAAGCCCUUGAUUAAGAGAGAGAAGCCAGAGGAAAUCUAUGCAGCUGUCAGAAAAGGCUCAGCACAGAAGAAAAUCCAUCCAGUCCAAGCCAUGAGUGAAUUCAGAGGCAGACAAGUCUAUUAAAAUGGCUGUUCUACUCCAGUUCAGAGGCUGCAA